AACGGGUAUAUAAAGCGUUGGGUUUUCGGUAUCUUGGGUACACUUAGUAGGACAAAAUGAUCUCAGUUACAAGUAUUGUGGUCAUCGUUUGCGCACUUGCAUUAGGCGUGCAAGGACAAAACGCAUGCAGUCCUGCAGAAAUCGGUUCACCGACUGGCUAUCCAGUGCAACUGCAAGAACUUGUCCUGAAACCCUAUGUCCGUGAAUGGAUUGUUAACAUACCAGCAAUACCCCAAUGCGUGAAUGGAGUAUCGGGUGCGAUCGCAGAAGUAUGUGACGGAGAUGUACCACCUCAGACCCAGUUCAUCAGCAUAGAUAAACUCUUGAUUCGCCGUGUGGGAAGUGUGCUCACUCCAGCUACUGUCACCGUGACCGUGUUCUGUGUAGUCUAAACCCUGUCCAGUACCCCAAAAGAUCCUAUCUUUCAUCUUCAUAAUUAU